AACUUGAAAAUCGGAGCCCUUCCUAAAAUACAUCCAACUUCUCAACCCUAUAUACUAUCAAUAAUGUUGUAGAAAACAAUGUAAUUGAAGCUAUUUCUUUAAUUCAUGCGUUCAAUUAAAAAACGUUGAGAUAAUGAAAAUCCGAUGUGCAUGCAUGCAAAUGCAAUGCAUCAAUAAUAAUGUUAACGGAAAAAUGUUAAAAAGGAAUAAAUGAAGGCAAGGCUUAUCCACUUUGUACGUUGGGCCCUCGACGUUUAGCCCAUUUUCAAGGAGCCGAAUCAUGCGUACGGACAAUAGCAAAUUUACCAAAUAUUACCAAGAGACCCCCCAUUUAUUUUACGUUAUACGUUUGUCCCCUUGAUUAUUUCUUAGUUUGGACACAAUGCCCACGACUCUCGCAUUUGUUCUUUCGCUCUCUAAGCUCCAUCUCUUUCUUUUUUUUGUUGGUCUGACAAAGCAUAUGCAUAUCUCAUUAUUAUUAUUUUGGUCAUUACCACGUAAAAUUGACCGGACGUUUUUUUUUCUUUUUUUUGUUCUACCAUAUUUGAUGAACACUUAAAUGUUUCAACUGAAUUCGGUAUGGGUGAAUGAUUACAAAAAACUUUUACGAUUUCGAGAUUGUGUUAACAAUGAGCACGCAUGAUUUACAAGAUCCUUCAAAGUUAACUUUUUGUUAAAAACUAAUUAAGUGAACAACUUACGAAUCAUGCUAAUUAACAAAUAACUUGAUUAGAAAUACACAAUUAGAAAUGUGUGUUUAGUUUUUGUCACCUAGCUGGUAAAAAUAUUAAUACUUCUGUUUGUUCGGUUCAUAUGACUAACUAACCGGUUUAGCAAAACGAGAGAGAAGGUGGAAAGUGAUGAAAGAUAAAACCAAAUCUUUUCUCUAUAUAAAGAGCUAAUCCUCUGCUCACCUAGCAGCAAGCUUCCUCUGCUGCACACUUCACAUUGAUUGGCUAACCAAAGCUCUUUCUCUUUUCUCUUCCCAUCUCUAGAGAAAUGGCUCUCUAUCUCUAUUCUUCUCGACUCAUCAUCUGUCUCUCUUUUCUCUUGCUUAUCACCAAUGGCUUCUCGUCCUCUUCCUCUCGCUCUAGCAUCCACCAUCGUCACCACCUCGACAACCACAAUUACAAAGACGCUCUCUCCAAGUCCAUUCUCUUCUUCGAAGGUCAAAGAUCCGGAAAGCUUCCUCCAAACCAGAGGAUGACUUGGAGAAGUAACUCUGGCCUCUCUGAUGGUUCUGCCCUCAACGUGGAUUUGGUGGGAGGAUACUACGAUGCAGGGGACAAUAUGAAGUUUGGGUUCCCAAUGGCAUUCACAACCACAAUGCUCUCAUGGAGUUUAAUUGAGUUUGGUGGUCUCAUGAAAUCUGAGUUACCAAACGCUAAAGACGCAGUUCGUUGGGCCACUGACUUUCUCCUCAAAGCCACUUCACAUCCUGAUACCAUUUAUGUUCAGGUUGGUGAUCCUAACAUGGACCAUGCGUGUUGGGAGAGACCAGAAGACAUGGAUACACCAAGAAGUGUGUUUAAAGUCGACAAGAACAAUCCUGGUUCUGAUAUCGCCGGUGAAAUCGCUGCCGCUCUUGCCGCUGCUUCAAUUGUUUUCGGGAGAUGCGAUCCUUCUUACUCCAAUCUCCUCCUCCAACGAGCCAUUACGGUUUUUACAUUUGCGGACAAAUACAGAGGACCCUACAGUGCAGGUCUGGCCCCAGAAGUUUGUCCAUUCUACUGUUCUUACUCUGGCUACCAGGACGAAUUGUUAUGGGGAGCUGCUUGGUUACACAAAGCAACAAAUAACCCAACAUAUCUCAAUUACAUCAAAGCUAAUGGACAAAUCCUUGGAGCUGAUGAGUUUGAUAACAUGUUUAGUUGGGAUAAUAAGCACGUUGGUGCUAGAAUCCUUCUCUCCAAGGAGUUUCUGAUUCAGAAAGUGAAGUCACUUGAAGAAUACAAAGAGCAUGCUGAUAGUUUCAUUUGCUCUGUUUUACCAGGAGCCUCCUCUUCCCAAUACACCCCAGGUGGGCUAUUGUUCAAGAUGGGUGAGAGCAACAUGCAAUACGUGACGUCUACAUCGUUCUUGCUAUUGACCUACGCCAAAUAUUUAACCUCUGCUCGCACUGUCGCUUAUUGCGGUGGUUCCGUCGUCACCCCUGCCCGCCUCCGCUCAAUCGCCAGGAAACAGGUGGAUUAUCUACUUGGAGACAACCCGUUGAAGAUGUCAUACAUGGUUGGUUAUGGUCUGAAAUAUCCACGUCGGAUUCACCACCGUGGCUCAUCUCUCCCCUCCGUUGCAGUCCACCCGACCAGGAUCCAGUGCCACGAUGGCUUCUCCAUGUUUACCUCUCAAUCUCCUAACCCUAACGACUUAGUCGGUGCAGUCGUCGGUGGUCCCGACCAGAACGACCAAUUCCCUGACGAACGGUCCGACUAUGGACGGUCCGAGCCAGCAACUUACAUUAACGCUCCACUUGUUGGAGCUUUGGCUUGUCUUGCUCGAUCCUAAGGCCAACUGUUGGGUUUACAAUGUUAUUUAGUAGUAAUUAUUUUAUAAAUGAAUGGCCAAGAUUGUCCGAUCCGACUGAAUAAUGUUUUAGAUGAUGUGGAAUUUUUAUUUUUAUUUUCUAAUUGGAAAAAGUAGCAUUAAGAAA